GAAGCGCGGUUGUAAAUUAAAACAAACGCCCGGGCGCAGUUAAAGGCGCCCGGCCCCGGCAGGCUGAGGACGUCCGAUCGCCUCCGGAGAAACCUUCUCUACCCGACGAAACAUCUAACGUGCUGGGGGGCGACCAAGAGGACACAGGGGCGAAUGCCUCCUCCGGAAGUGACGUUGCAGAACUAGGGCGAGAAACGGUUGCCGGUGGCAAAGGCAGGUGAUGGCUGCUGAGGUGGCGGGCGAGGAGGAGGUGGCCCUUGACCCCAGCACGGCUUUGCGGCUGGUGGCUGCUGCUGCAUGGCACACAGUCCGGGAGCACUGGAUCCAGGACUUCUCCCGUGUGCUGGCGCUGCUGGAGGCUGUGGAGGAUGCGGCCCCUGACUUGGUCCACUACCGGCACCUGGCCAAGUUGCGCUUGGGCCUCCAGGCCGAGGUGAUAAUGAACAUGCUGAAGGAGGAAGAGACCGAUGGCAAAAUCUACAGUGCUAUUGAUGCGUUCUUUCCAGAGCACGAGCCUGCACCCCACCCCAAAGCUACUGCUCACGAUUUGAAACUGGUGCAGGUGGCCCAGAAGAAUUUCCGAGAUCUGGUGUUGGGGUUACUGAGCGACCAAAGGCAGCGGGAGACGUAUGUGCAGAAGCAUCUGGAAAAUGAUUACGGGAAAACCUUCCAAACUGUAGUGGAAGAACUCUUCUAUGAUUACCUGUGGCAGCUGGAGAGUACCCUGCCCAAGCCCCGCUUUCAGCAGUUGCUGAAAGCUGCUUACAUCCAGGAUCCCAGGCAGUCUUCUCCAGAUCCCAGCAUCCUAUCCAGAUAUCUCACGGACAUGGGGUACCAGACCGCAGAUUCCCCUGCACAUCUGAGCUCUCCCAGCCGGUCCAGGCCCUUGCUCCCAAGUGAGGAUGAUCAACAGCAGGCAGAGACAUCCGAGUCUGGCAAGCAGCAGCCAAACCCACCCAGGGGCAGAAGAAAGAGGAGCUGCCAGCCCUGUACUCAGGAACAGAAUUCCCCCGGGUACCACCCAAGCCUCCAGUUGCCAAGCAACCAGGAAGCAGGCGAACCUGACGACAUUGUGCAGGAUUCAAGUGGCGAGGGGGAGAACUCUCUUUUCCAGAAGCAGGGCGAGUACCAGUGCACCCACCACGACACCCUUAUCCCUACCUUCCACGAUCACCUGGUGGAUACCAGGAGCCAGUGUGAUGAUUGAUCAGAUGCAGGAGCUUCUGUGGCGACCCGACUGCCUCCUCCACUCCGUCCGCACAGCUGCUGCAGCCACCAGAAGUCACUUUAGAGUUUUAUUAUAACUUCAGUAAAGAGUGUAAAAUCUUUUA